AUGUCGCUUGAAUUUGUCUACUUUGAUAUCCAAGCCCUUGGACUUAUGCCACGACUUGUUCUGGAGGCCAACAAGAUCGAUUACGUCGAUUCCCGAGUUGACCUGAUAAAAUGGUUCACUGGAGAAUCAACUCCUAAAAAAUCCGAAACUCCGCUCGGACAAGUGCCCCUGCUCCGAGUGAACGGAAAGGAAUUCUGCCAAUCGACGGCCAUCGUCAACUACUGCGCGAAAUUGGCGAAGAUUGAUCAGAUUGAGCCACUCGAAGCUCUCAAGGUUGAUAUGUUUGUCGAAACGGCGAAAGAAGUGUUUGACAAAAUGCGACUUGCCUCUUACCCGGCCCUACAGACUGUGAAAGCUGAAGAAGACCCAACCUGGCAAAAACGAGGAGCCGCCUUCUUCGAAAUUUUCAAGAAAAAUGCCGAUGAAAAAUUCGCUCUCAUGGAAAAAUGUCUCUCCGUUCUUGGUGUUGAAAACGAGUUCGUCGCUGGAAAAGAAACUCUUGGAGACUACUACUGCGUUUUUUGGCUCAUGUGCGCGGUCGAUUGCGGGCUUGAUGGUGAGUUGGAAAAGGCCGCUCCAACCGUCGUCAGAAUCGCGAAAAACGUCAUGUCGAAAAAUCAAGCCGUCGAGAAAUUCGCCAACAACAAGGAGACGAAAUUCUGGCCCUGGUCUCUUACCAACUAA